GCCUAGACCCUAUCUUACUACAGACCUGAAUGUGCGCCACUGCGCAUGAAUUUUUCUUCACAAGGAAGAGUGUCAUAAAAUGGCGCUGCCCAUGUAGGUCUUACAGUGUAACAUUUAGCUGCUGUCAGAUACAGUGUUGAAGAUGUCAAAACGUGGAGCCAUCUCAGAUUUAAAUGACAGAAACUGGGAUGAGGAAGAGGAGCCAGAAGAGGCUGGCGUGUUUAAGCAGGCAACAGAAGAUGUUCUACAGCAGAGGGUCAUGAAGAAAGCAAAGCGCAGGACUGUAGCAGAUGAUGGCUCCAAGCCUGCUGCCUUUUCAGGCUUUGCUGGUCUGGGAGGCAAGUCUGCCCCAAAUGUUGCUGGUCAAGUCCCAUCUUUUGCUGCUGCUUCCUCCAUCAAUGGCACUCAAAGUGUAGACUCUAAGGAAUCUUCCUCCUAUCUCAGCUUUCUCAAGUCACUCAAUGAAAGUGUCCUGGCUUGGAUUAAACAGCACGUGGAAGAGAACCCGUACAUUAUUCUCAGUCCAAUUUUUAAAGACUAUGAGGUUUAUUUGUCUAGCAUUGAGAAGUCGCCCAGUGCAGUUGGCAGGAAGGAGGUAACAAGAGAUCCCACUGGCAGUGGCACCAGCCAACCAGAAGAGAAAGGAGCUAAAUUCUCUUUUGGCUCAGCGUCCUCAGAAGAGAAAGGAGCUAAAUUCUCUUUUGGCUCAGCAUCCUCAGAAGAGAAAGGAGCUAAGUUCUCUUUUGGUUUGGCUGCAUCAGAGGCUUGUAAAGGUUUUUCUUUUGCUCCAGCAAGUGGCCAAGCGGCCCAGAAUGAUUUGAAAUCUGGCCAGAAAACAGAAACAGUUCCCAAUAACAAACCAGCAUUUUCUUUUGGGCUGUCAUCUCAGUCUUCAGGAUUUUCUUUCACAUCUACAGCAAGCUCUGGCGCUACAGCUUCAUUAGGGGCAGGCUCAUCACAGGAUGGUGACACCAAAGACGAUGACGAGUAUGUUCCCCCCAAACCAGAGGUCAAAGAAAUUGUGGAAGAGGGAGCGCUCCAUUCCAUAAGAUGUAAGCUGUAUCACCAGAAGGAUGGCAAGUGGGUGGACAGGGGAGUUGGACACCUGCACCUUAAGCCUGUAGCUGAGAGGAAAACCCAGGUGUUGGUCAGGGCAGACACAAACUUAGGCAACAUCCUGCUGAAUGUAAUGCUUAGCUCCAGCAUGCCUGUGACCAGGCAGGGUAAAAACAAUGUCGUUGUUGUGUGUGUUCCCAACCCAGCCAUAGACAGCAAGGGGGAGGAGGAGAAAACUCCCGUCCCCAUGCUGCUCAGGGUCAAGACGCAGGAGGAAGCUGAUGACCUUUACAAGAUUAUAGAUGAAAGGAAGAAACUACUUUGAUGCUAGAUGGGUAGGGUGGGUGGGCGUUUGAAAUGUUUUCUCUGUAUAACUGGUAUAUGCAAAGUUUGUCCACAUAGGCUGGAGACAAUGUAUGUGUGGGGGAAGAUUUGCUUUUCCAUUAUCAUAUUCAUGUUACUGCAGUACAACUUGUGUAUUAUAUUACGGAACAAUAAAAUGUUUUGGUCAUCAUGCAA